AUGGAUUUCAUGACAAAGGGAAAUCAAUUUUCAUCCCAACAACAACCACAAACACAACUGCAUCACUCUGUGCAAUAUAAUAUAAGAAAUAAUCUUUUAAAUGGUAAUAUUGGUAAUAUCGAUAUAACUAAGGAAACUCCAAUUGAUGUGUCAAAUAAUAACAACUUUAUUCAAAACCAACAAUUUCAAAACUACAACAACAUACCUGUGACUCAACAACCUCCUAAUGUUCCAUUUAAUAAUAACUACAAUAGUAAUAAUAUUCAGCCAACUAUACAAUAUAGAAAUAAACCCAUGCCAACGAAACAAGAAAAAAGAACACAUUCAUUAAAUCAAAAAUCAAUUACAAAUUUCUUUAAAGGGAAAAAUCACAGUGGAUUUGGAUUUGGUACCAAUAAAUCCAAAAAACAGAACCAUAGCAACAGUUAUGGAGGUAAAAACAGUGCUGAUGGUGACGACGAUGACGAUGUGUUUAUAGACGACCCUAAUUCGUCAACUUUAACUUUUCAUGAUAUUCAAAAAUAUGGGUUCAAAAAUGGUGAUAAAUUAAAUGUCACUGAAGAUACUACGCCACUAAUACCAACUUUAGUUACUAAACAAACUAGUAAUAUGACCAACACAGAAUAUAGAAAAUUUUUGAAUACACAAAAGAAGAAUGUAUUGAAUGCUCUUAACAAUCAGAAUAAAUUAUCAUCACCAACAUUAGCAACUAGUCAACAAAAUAUGAUGAAUAGUAACAUAGAUGGAUUUAGUAACAAUCAACUACAAUCCAGAGCAAUGUCACUACAAAAUGGAUACAAUAGUGGAAAUCCAUAUCUUAUGCAACGACAACAACAAUUCCAGCAAUGGAAUGGUAUGUCUUAUAAUGGUGUGAAUCAAUCCAAUUCAAAUAUACCAAAUACUGUUGGCCCAAGAGCCAAUUCAUUGAUGACUGGUGGAAUACAACAUAUGAGAUAUUUCAAUCAACAACAACACCAAGGGAAUAAUAUAGGUUAUCCUAGAACUAUGUCAUUAACUAACAACCCACAGCAACCACAAAAUAAGGAGAACAUACCCAAUAAUCCGUAUAAGCAACAACAGUUUAUUAACAAUAGGCCAGAUACCUCUGAUAUGAACCAGCAAAUGCAAUCACAAUAUCGAACAAUGUCAUUGCAACAGGGACCAACAAAAAAUACCCAACAAUUUGUAAGUAAUACAAAUACUACCAUCUUCCAACAAUCCCAAUUUCAACCAUCACCGCAGCAAUCAUCUCUACAACAGCAACAACAUCCACAACAAUUAGUCGAAAGACAAGUAACUGGACAAAAACAAUCACAACACCAAUUACAACAACAAGAUCAAAUAUCAAUUGAAAAUGAUAGUAUAAAUAAUAAAGUAAAUACCUCAAAUAAUAUCAUUAAUAGUAAUGUUUUGAAUAUUAACGAUACUUUAGAUAGUCAAAAAGGGAUAUCCUCAGCUAAUAUCUCACAAACAAACAAUGGCGAAACAAACAUACCUUUAAAUGGUGUUAAUUCACUGAAUAUACCCUCUGUAAACGAAGAAGAAGAAGAACAAAGGAAUAAACAAAUUUUACAAAUAAAUCCUAACAUUAAUAAACCAAAAUUGAAUAUUAUUAAAUUAUCCAAACCAAAACAAGAGGAAUUGUUACAAAAAGAAAAUAUAGCCAAUGAUUCAAUUAAAGAAAUUAAUCAAACUCUAGUUAGUGAUAAAACAAAUCAAAAAAAUUCUAUGUUUCAGGAACCUGAUCUAAGACCAUCAAGUUUAUUACAAGAAGGAUUAAACUCAUUAAGUUUAAAUGAUAAUAAUGCUAGAGAUUCAACCAUAACACAAGUAUCAUCGUUUAGUGUAUCUCCGAUAAAACAACAGGAAGGUUAUAAUCAAUCAAUCUACAAAUUAGCCAAUGGAACUGAUUCUAAGGCAUUUGUCACUGCAGAGGAAUUUCCUUCAUUAAAUUAUAAUAAUAAUAUAACUUAUAAUAUUAAUGAAAUAAAUAGAUCUACAAUAGAGGCCAAGAUAAAUUCCAGAAGGAUUUCAGCUAUAGCCAUAGCACCUGCGUCAAAGAGAAUUUCGAUUUAUAAGAACCCAAGUUCUUCUGCUUCUAGUGCAUCCUCCACAGUCUCUGAAAAAUUAAACAAAACAGGAGAGAGAAUUCAGGAGACGUCCCCAUCAACAGUUACAGCUUCAAAAACAGAUGCUAAUACAGAUCGUGAUGAUCAAACCAGUACUACAGAAGUAGAUACUGCUAAUAUUGACGAUGCCUUUGCGCAUAAGAGCUCUCCUACAACACCAACACAUGACACAGUGACACCACAAUCAAAAGACAAAGAAAAGAAUUCAGACAAUUUUGUCUUUGAUAAUACACUUUACUCUCCAUAUGAGGAUAUAACUCAGACUGCUCCAAAGAUUUUGUAUAUUUCAAAGGAUCAAAUGGGUCUAUUAAAUGAAAAUAAGAGAUUAAUGAAGGAACUCACUUUACUAUCUACUGAAUUAGCAGAAUCAAUCAAAAGGGAGACCUUACUGGAGGACAAAAUACAGAAUAUGAAACAAUUCAAUGAGUUUAACAAUCAACCACAAAGAAAUUCAACAAUAUCUACAUCGCCAAUAGCAUAUACAGACUUUGAAACUGAAUUAAGGAGAAAAUCUUCUAAGAUCGUAGAACUAAUUCAAGCAUUAAAUGAAGAAAGAAUGAAACGUUUUAUUUCAGAAGAGCAACUAUUAUUAAAGGAAAACGGUGCAAGUCCAUCAUGUUUAGAUUUAAUCAAAAAGAUAAACGACUUAGAAAAUAAACUUCAACUCAAAGAAAAUGCUAUAAAUGAUUUAAAGUCAGCAUUAAGUAAUUUAUAA